AGCGUCCACAGGCGGCGGAGCGGCCACAAUCACAGCUCCGGGCAUUGGGGGAGCGCGAGCGGCUGCGCCGGGGGAAUCCGUGCGGGCGCCUGCCGUCCCUGUCCCAUCCUCGCCGCGAUCCCGCACCCCUGAAGUUUUGCAGCGCCCAGAAAGGAGGCGAGGGAGGGGGGGAGCGUGAGAGGAGAGCGAGCAGAAGCACACCCUAAAACAUUUUAUUUCCAAAAGAAAAGGAAAAGGGGGGGGGCGCAAGAAUGGCUGGGGCAAUUAUAGAAAAUAUGAGCACCAAGAAGCUAUGCAUUGUUGGUGGGAUUCUGCUCGUGUUCCAAAUCAUCGCCUUUCUGGUGGGAGGCUUGAUUGCUCCAGGACCCACCACGGCAGUGUCCUACAUGUCAGUGAAAUGUGUGGAUGUUCGUAAAAACCAUCACAAGACAAAAUGGUUCGUGCCAUGGGGACCCAACCACUGCCACAAAAUCCGAGACAUCGAUGAAGCGAUUCCAAAGGAAAUAGGAGCCAAUGACAUUGUGUUUUCUGUCCACAUUCCUCUCCCCUCCAUGGAGAUGAGUCCUUGGUUCCAGUUCAUGCUGUUUAUCCUGCAGCUGGACAUUGCAUUCAAGCUGAACAACCAAAUCAGAGAAAAUGCAGAAGUUUCCAUGGACGUUUCGCUGGCUUACCGUGAUGAUAUGUUUGCUGAAUGGACUGAAAUGGCCCAUGAGAGAGUGCCUCGGAAACUCAAAUGUAUCUUCACAUCCCCCAAGACCCCAGAGCACGAGGGGCGUUACUAUGAAUGUGAUGUCCUUCCUUUCAUGGAAAUCGGAUCUGUGGCUCAUAAGUACUACCUUUUGAACAUCCGGCUGCCUGUGAAUGAAAAGAAGAAAAUCAACGUUGGGAUUGGGGAGAUAAAAGAUAUUCGGUUGGUGGGAAUCCACCAAAAUGGAGGCUUCACCAAGGUGUGGUUUGCCAUGAAGACCUUCCUUACGCCCAGCAUCUUCAUCGUUAUGGUGUGGUAUUGGAGGAGGAUCACCAUGAUGUCCCGACCCCCGGUGCUUCUAGAAAAAGUCAUCUUUGCCCUUGGGAUUUCCAUGACUUUUAUCAAUAUCCCAGUGGAAUGGUUUUCCAUUGGGUUUGACUGGACCUGGAUGCUACUAUUUGGUGAUAUUCGGCAGGGCAUCUUCUAUGCAAUGCUUCUCUCCUUCUGGAUCAUCUUCUGUGGCGAGCACAUGAUGGAUCAACAUGAGCGGAAUCACAUAGCAGGGUAUUGGAAGCAAGUUGGACCAAUCGCUGUUGGCUCUUUCUGCCUCUUCAUAUUUGACAUGUGUGAGAGAGGGGUACAACUCACGAAUCCCUUCUACAGUAUCUGGACUACAGAUGUUGGAACAGAGCUGGCUAUGGCCUUCAUCAUCGUGGCUGGGAUCUGCCUCUGCCUGUACUUCCUGUUUCUGUGCUUCAUGGUAUUCCAGGUGUUUCGGAACAUCAACGGGAAGCAGUCCAGCCUGCCGGCCAUGAGCAAAGUCCGGCGGCUGCACUAUGAGGGGCUGAUUUUCAGGUUCAAAUUCCUCAUGCUUAUCACCUUGGCCUGUGCUGCCAUGACCAUCAUCUUUUUCAUUGUUAGUCAGGUGACCGAAGGCCAUUGGAAGUGGGGUGGUGUCACAGUCCAGGUGAACAGUGCCUUUUUCACAGGCAUCUAUGGGAUGUGGAAUCUGUACGUCUUUGCUUUGAUGUUCCUGUACGCACCAUCCCAUAAGAACUACGGGGAUGACCAGUCUAAUGGCAGUGUAUCUUCUGGAACCGGCGUCCUAGGGAAGAGGCCUGGGGAACAAGCAAGGAAGGGGCAGAGGAGCACCUCCUGUCAUAAAGUCGCAGCCCAGGGCGUGAUUCUGUCACAGGUGAUCUGAGGGUCCACAAUGGGGAAGAACUCCAGCUCACCACCACUAUCACCCACGUGGACGGACCCACCGAGAUCUACAAGUUGACCCGCAAGGAGGCCCAGGAAUAGAUGGCGGCAGCCCCUGGCUGGGACUGUUCCCCACAUCCCAGCCCUUCUGCCUGGAGUGUGGAGCAAGCCAGCGAUAGCUCACUGCGCGAACCAGCCCUCCACUGCUCCCGUGUCUUAGCUGUGGUUUCUUGGAACAGUGGCGUGGACGUUGUCACUUUACCUUCUGACCACAGCUCUUGGGGGAAGAUUCCACAGCCACUAAGGCGUUUGUGUAUAACAAAACCUCUGGUAUGACACAUUUUCUGUGAUCAUUGUUAAUUAGUGAUGUAGUAACAUCUGUAGCAGGUGGUUAGUAAACCUCAUGUGUUGGGGGUAUACUCCUUGGGGGGAUGAUGUGGGCCAGAUGGGGUCUAUAUGGAGUGGAAUAUUUGACUUCUUUUCCUGUUUUAGAUUCUAGGAUAGGUUUUUAACAUCCUUUGCAGUCCAAGAGAGGCUGAUGUCAUAGUUUCUCACUCCUAGUUCGUGACCACUUUUUUUUUUCCUAUUUAUAUCACCAGGUAGCCUGUUGAGUUAAUAUUUAAGUUGUCAAUAGACAUGUGCCCCUCUUUUUUAUGGCAUACUAUAAAAUAACUGAAUUUCGUGAGACGGUCUAUUUCAGCUUUGGAACCAAAUCUGUGUAUCCAGUACUGACCGAUCUGUUGGAUGUGGGUUGGGUCUGAAAAGCCUUUUUUACCUCCUGCUUACAAUGUGUUUCCUUUUGAUAAGAUGCUUCAAGCAGCCCCCAGAAGUGUAGAUCGGAUCAAUGAAAUAAACCUGUAUGUAUAUGAAUAUAUGUACAUGCACAUGUCAUCCUCCUGCUCAGCCAGGACACACGCAUGCAAAUUCUUUUCCAUGUCAAGUCCAUGGGGUGGGGGAAGUGGCUUUAUGAGAAAUUAAAGUAUUUUGCCAUCAAAUCAAA